AUGGGGAGCACCAGCAAGGUGGCCAACUUGUGGAACAGGAGACAGAGUCUCUUUCCCAACUACAAAGUCACAGACUCUGAUUUUAAUCGAAGACCCUCAGAGAUUGUUUAUCCAUUAGCCAAGGAGAGCUGCGUGAAGACAUGGAACUCCAUGCAGGAGCUGAGCAGGGAUAUCUACGACAUCUAUGCCGAGUACGAGGAUGAAGACGAUGACGGUAAUACGUACAGCUUCGCCAGGCCGAUUUCUCCAAUCAAGAAGAACUAUAUGAUCAACAUCAAUGUUGGUGGAAAGCCCUAUCAGAUAGCCUACAAGACAGCUGCCAAGUACCCCAAGACCAGAAUAGGACGACUGGCCACCUACACAGACCACAAUAUGAAGCUGGACCUGUGCGAUGACUACAUUGUGACCAGCAAUGAGUACUUUUUUGACAGGGACCCCGAUGUCUUCCAUAGCAUCUUCAACUUCUACAGGACUGGUGUGCUGUGGAUCAAAGAUGAAUUGUGCCCCCGCAACUUCCUGGAGGAGAUCAAUUACUGGGGCGUGAGGAUCAAGAACACCCAUCGCUGCUGCCGCAUCUCCUUCGAGGAGAGGCAGGACGAGUUGAACGACCAGCUGAAGAUCCAGAGGGAGCUGGAAGCUGAGGUGGAGAUUGAGGAGAAUGAGGAGCUCUUCCACGACAUGUUCAUGGGCCAAAAGCGUCGAGCUAUUUGGAACUUGAUGGAGAAGCCGUUUUCAUCUAUCAAAGCCAAGCUGAUGGCAGUGGCCUCCAGUCUGUUUGUCCUGAUCUCCCUGGUGGCCAUGACUCUCAACACAGUGGAAGAGAUGCAGUACAGAACUGCCUCAGGCCACCUCAGUGGCAAGACAUACUGGGAAUAUGUGGAGUCCAUGUGCAUCGCCUUCUUCGCCAUGGAGUACCUGCUGCGUCUGGUGUCCACUCCCGACCUCAAAUCCUUCAGCAGGAGCGUGCUUAACACUGUGGACUUGAUUGCCAUCCUGCCUCAAUUCCUCCAAGGAGUCCUGGAGUUCUUUGACAAUGAGGAAAACUACAUGAAGCAUGAGGCUGACCUGAAGGCAGUGGGGCAGGUGGGAAAGCUGGGACAAGUGUUGCGUAUCAUGAGACUGAUGCGAAUCUUCCGUAUCUUGAAACUGGCACGACACUCCACAGGCCUGAGGGCAUUCGGCUUCACUCUGCGUCAGUGCUACCAGCAAGUGGGCUGCCUCUUCCUCUUCAUCGCCAUGGGUAUCUUCAGUUUCUCCGCCAUGGUUUACACUGUGGAGCAUGACAUGCCACAGACAAACUUCACCAGCAUUCCUCAUGCAUGGUGGUGGGCAGCUGUCAGCAUCUCCACAGUCGGCUAUGGAGACGUCUACCCUGAAACCAUCCUGGGUCGUAUCUUUGCUUUCGUCUGCAUCGCCUUCGGAAUCAUCCUCAAUGGUCUGCCCAUUUCCAUCCUCUUCAACAAGUUCUCAGACUACUACUCUAAACUCAAGUCCAAUCAGUACACAGCCUCCUCGCAGAAACGAGGGAAAGUGAGGUUUGCCGAGAGAACAUUGACAAGGUUCAACAACUGUCUUGGAAACAGCCACUCUCAUUCACAAUGA